AUGGAUAAGUCAUGGAUUAUUAAGCCACAAUCAUCGAUUGCGUAUCAAAAAGGGAUACGAGAAUUUAUUGAUUUUGCAUUUAAAGGUGCAAAAGAAAACGACGUAGUAAUAUGUCCUUGCAAACGUUGCGGUUUCAGAAAAUUAAAGAGUAGGAGUGACAUGUUCGACCACUUAAGUUGGUCACCAUUUCCUCAGGGAUACACCAUGUGGAUCCAUCACGGAGAGUCUUUUGUACGAUCUAGUACUAUCUCCCCUAGUACUACUCCAAGUAUGGUAGAAGAUACUAACAUUGUCGAAGAACCUAUUCAGAACAUGAUCAACGAUGCAUUUGGAGUUUAUGGGAAUCAUUCAAAUGAAAUACCAUCUGCGUCAAAUUUGGAGAUUGAACAAGAAGAUUAUGUGAUGCCAAGCUCAACUCAGGAAAGAAACGAAGCCAAGGAGUAUUAUGAGUUGGCUAGAGAAGGAGAACAACCUUUAUAUGAAGGGUGUAGACGAUAUUCAAGACUAUCUUUUUUGGUUAAGUUGUACCAUAUAAAGUGUUUAUGUGGAUUGAGUGAGAAGGCAAUGACAAUGAUUUUAGAGUUAAUAAAAGAUGCAUUUGAAUAUGCAAACAUUCCAAGUUCAUUCUAUGAAGCCAAGAAAUCAAUCACAAAACUUGGUUUGAAUUAUGUAAAGAUACCCGCAUGUCCAAACAGUUGUAUGCUUUAUUGGGGAGAAGAUGAGGAGAGGGAGACUUGCAAAAAUUGCAACACUUCAAAAUGGAAAACAAAUGAGGAUGUCUCUGUUAACAAGAAAAAAAAGAAAAUUCCUGCCAAGGUUAAAGAUGUUGAAGUCAUCUUUGGUAAAAAGGCAAUGAAAGAAAAAUCAGUAAAAAGAACACGUGAGGAACAACCUAUAGAAGGUGAUAGUACACAAUGUGAUCCUACAAAAGAAGUUAAACUUGGAGGUCCUGUUCAUUAUCGAUGGAUGUAUCCUAUUGAAAGGUACUUGGGAAAACUUAAAUCGUAUGUACGUAAUAAGGCAAAACCAGAAGGGUCUAUUGCAGAAGGAUACCGUUUUGAAGAGAUUCUUACAUUUUGUUCAAGAUAUCUAGAAAAUAUUGAGACUAGAUGGAAUCAACCUGGACGUGUAGAUGAAGACCCUAUUGAUGAUAUCCAAACUGCUUCACGUGUAGCUGAAUUAUUUCCUAGAGUUGGAAAACCUGUGGGUGGAUCUUCUUAUUACACCCUAACACCAACUGAAAAAUUGCAGGCUCAUAGACACGUUUUAACAAACUGUCCAAUAGUUGACGACUAUCUAAAGCAGUUCCGAAGUUUUACUCAAAACCAAAUGAGGCGCAGUCAAAGAAGUGCUACUGAGAUAGACAAGAAGGUUCAUAAGGAGUUUGCGCAUUGGUUCAACAAUCGUAUUCGCAACAAUCUUGACAACAUUCAUGGGCCAGAUAAAGAUGUUCUCAUUAGUCUUGCUCAUGGACCUUUUGAUAAAGUUAAAAGAUUUACCGUGUUCAAUGUCAAUGGAUUCAAGUUUCGAACGUUGGAACGAGACAAUCUUUUAAAAACUCAAAAUAGUGGAGUUUUUGGCAUGUUUGGGACACGAAGUUAUUCAAGCAAUAGUGAUACCCAAAUGAGAUUUGGAGGGGUCCCUUACUAUGGAAGAUUAAUAGAUAUUAUUGUGCUUUCCUAUGAUGGCUUCACAGUGCCCAUGUUUAAAUGUGAAUGGGCUAAUACCAUAAACCCAAGAGGAAUUAAGAUAGAUAAGUUGGGUUUUACCUCUAUAAACUUUGCAAGACUACUACAUACUAGUGAACAUGAAGAUAAUGAGCCAUAUAUUCAAGCAUCUGAAGCUCAUAUGGUUUUUUAUGUAGAUGAUGAGAGUGAACAAGGAUGGAGCAUACCUAUUCAUUUGAAGCCAAGAGACUUGUAUGACAUGGGUGGAAAUGAUGAAAUUAUGACACCCAUUGAGCCAUAUCCAUCACAAAAUUUGGAACAAAUCUUUUCAAAUGAUGAUCUUGGAACUUCAGCGACAAAUGAUGACAAUAGUUAA